UUCCUCAUAGAAACAGCUUAAUGUCUGGAGAUGAGGUCGAGGAGAAAACAUACCUAAAAUCACGUGUAUUUGGAUCUCACACCAUAACCCUCGGUGCAGUCGUCAAAUCUUCUGACCACAUAUUUGUUCCUCGGUCACGUGACAUUACAGCAUGGUCGGUUACAGGAGAAUCAGAAGGUGAUAACACCAUUAACACAGUUACAGGAGAAUCAGAAGGUGAUAACACCAUUAAAACACCCCACAGAAGUAUUAUAACCUUCAUCUGCGAGUCCCCUCCCACAAAAAAUGGUUCCAUGUUCCGUGCUAGUUGUGACUGGAGUGGACUGGUUGCCCUGUACGACUCUCAUUGGAAUUUCAAAUAUUCCUUCCAAGCUCCAAACCCUCCAACAGCUACUGUUAAAUUCCUGACUCCCACUAAGUUAGCUGUACUGACUCGAGGGCAUGAUGACUUUAAGCCGGGGUGUGUUAUUAUUUACCAGCUAGGGGAACGUGGUGUUGUGUGGAAAUCUGAGGAGUUGUACGAUAAUAUCUGGCAGAUAGCUUGUCACCAGGGUGAUCUGUUUGUUUGGAAGUGGGUAGAGCCUGUCUUCACCUUGAUCAGGUACAAUGAGGAGCUGGAUGUUGUGAAUCAGUUUGAGGUGAUGUCGGAGAAGAGUGCUGCAAUCGGACAUGCUAUCAGUGAUAAGCAUAUAGUUUUAGCGCUUUCGUCACGAGAUUUGAUCCUUCUUGAUUCAGAAACAAUGGCACAGAAAGAUUCGAGUAAACUUAGAGCUGUUUCUAAAUCCCCUAUUUGGGCUAUGGUGUUUGUGUCUGAAGAUGAAGUUCUGCUUCAACAAAGUAGGGAUAAUUUCAUCGUGCUGAAUUUAAUAACUGGAGCCACUGUUAAAUCAUUUAAAGGACCAUCAGGUUUUGUGUGUUUCAUGGAACUAGUUGAUCUAUCACUUUGGAUAGGCACUGUAGACGGAGUCUUUCGAGUAAAGUUUUCCUCAAAAGAUAUUGUCCAAGAAUCAGAUCUUAACUCAGGGCUGUUAGAACUGACAACUGAGAUGAGCUCCUUUCUGUUCCACGAAAUAGUGUGUUGUGGAGUUUGUGUUGACGACAACUACAUUGUGAGCGGUGACCUGGGUGGGAACGUUUUGGUCUGGGACUCUAGUCUCCCAGGUGACAACCCUAGUCUCCAUGACAACCCUAGUCUCCAUGACAACCCUGGUCUCCAUGACAACCCUGGUCACCAUGACAACCCUGUGUUCAGGACUAAGAUAGAGGACAGUGUCAGAUGUUUGAACUCUGUUAGAACUGGAGAGAAUGUGAGCGUGUUUAUUGGUACUCUGUCUGGGUGUCUGCUUCAGUGGGACAUGAGGAGUGAACCUAAAGUUGUUACUUACAAAGAAGACACUAUAACCUGCAUCAGAACAACUCGUGAUAGGUUAUGUUUUGGAAUGGUUACUGGAGACAUUGAGCUUUACGAAAUUAGCAGUGCCAGUGUCCUGACCAAACUAUUUAAUUUGAGAGUUCACAACCCUGUUCACUCAGAAACUGACCCCAGAUUCGGAUCCUUGAACCUGAAAGCAGAGAUCUGGUCCCUGGAGUUCAGUCCUUGUUCCACUAAAAUAGCAACCUGCUCAGAAGACCAAACAGUGAAGAUAACCUCCCUGGAAACUAAACAAACACUCUCAACCUUUAAAGACCACACCCUAGCUGUCACGUGUCUCUCCUGGGUCCUCCACUCAGGUCUCUCUCUGCUACUCAGCUGUUCUGAUGACAACACUGUGGUCAUCAGGGAGACUCUCACUAAGGUGAAACUCAGACAACUUGUUCUACCCUCGGGGAUGGUAGGGUUCUGUACCCUCACCUACAUUGGAGUCCUGACACCAUCGUUAUCAGAGGAUUACCUGAAACGAAUAGGCUCAUUACUGGGACUAAUGUCAGUGAAAUAUUUGAAGAACUCAGUAGCAAGAUAACGGUGGCAUGUGGAUCUGAGAACGGGUACCUGAUACUGAGAGAUGUGGUGAGUGGUGGAGUGAUAUUUAAUGAGAGGGUCCACCAGGGUUCUAUAGAGGGGACUAGUGUGUGAGGGGGGCAGGGUGGUUACUUGCUCUUCUGACUGCUGUGUUCAGGUGCAUGAUGUCUUA